ACUAAUCGAAUUACUGCAAACAAUACGUUAGUAGCAGCCAAUUGUCGUGAUGCUGACUUGGCCAGAUUUAUGAAUAAUGCAAUGACAAGAUAUAUUCACAAUAUGGGAAGUUUAAGCAAGGAUAUUCUUGACCAGAUUGUCGCAUAUCGCAAACCAGGCACGUGGUUAGUACAUGCGGAAAUUAUCAGUGGACAGGCACAAGGUCGUGACUGGCAAACUACAACUAAUGGCGAUGUGUUCAGUGGCAGGAGCCUUUAUGGAUGCUUCUUCCACGACACGCAAACGUAUAUUUUGGUGCUGAGAUUAUUUUAG